GGAGGCCGCAGAGAAUCUGUUCUAGUGCCUUCUCCCUUUCCUGAGGAAUGCCCUUAGACUUACCCUGGUGAGGAAGUGUGAGCUAUGGUACCGGUGCCGACUGGCGCUCCUGGGCCUCCUCCCGCUGAGGAACCUUUGAUGGCACUUCCCCCCUGAGCGCUGCGUUGGUGCAAUCCGGCCAGCUCACGUGGUCAGCAAGAUGGCAGCCCCCAGAGCUCAUCGCGAGCGUCGCGGCUGGUGAAGCGGCGGCGGCGACAUAUCCUGGCCCGUCCUGCGUUUCGCGAGUUCGUUCAGGCGUUCCGGCGGCGGGGAGCACGGUUAGCCUAUUCAUUGUGUAAGGGGGCCUUACAGAGCACUGAUACCAAGAGGUGGGGGCCAUUGGGGGCCAUCUUGAGGACCAGUUACUACAGUCCCUCUGGCUGCUUUGUGGAGAGCAGAACAGUGGAGGUCAUUGCUGAUGUAUAGGCCAAAGGCCAGAAAGGGUUCUUGUGCUGGAGAGAGGCUGUGGAAGGAAACAGGCAGGCGCCAUGGUAACGGAGCAGGAGGUGGAGGCCAUUGGGCAGACGCUGGUAGACCCCCAGCAACCCCUGCAGGCCCGCUUCCGGGCGCUCUUCACACUUAGAGGGCUCGGCGGCCCAGCCGCCAUCACCUGGAUCAGCCAGGCCUUCAGUGAUGACUCCGCCCUGCUCAAGCACGAGCUGGCCUAUUGCCUGGGCCAGAUGCAGGAUCGCCGGGCCAUCCCUGUGCUGGUGGAUGUGCUGCGUGACACCUGCCAGGAGCCCAUGGUGCGCCAUGAGGCAGGGGAGGCCCUGGGGGCUAUCGGGGACCCGGAAGUUCUGGAGAUCCUGAAGCAGUACUCCACCGACCCUGUCGUGGAGGUGGCUGAGACGUGCCAGCUGGCCCUCCGGCGGCUGCAGUGGCUGCAGCAACUGAAUGGGGAGCCGGCCGCAGCCGGGCCCUACCUCUCGGUGGAUCCGGCCCCACCAGCCGAGGAGCACGACGUGGGGCGGCUGAGGGAGGCACUGCUGGACGAGGCCCGGCCACUUUUCGACCGAUACCGAGCCAUGUUCGCCCUGCGUGAUGCGGGUAGUGAGGAGGCUGCCCUGGCGCUGGCUGAGGGCCUGCGCUGUGGCAGUGCCCUUUUCCGCCAUGAGAUCGGCUACGUCCUGGGCCAGCUGCAGCAUGAGGCGGCAGUGCCCCAGCUGGUGGCUGCCCUGGCCCAGCGAACCGAGAACCCCAUGGUGCGACAUGAGUGUGCGGAGGCCCUGGGAGCGAUUGCCCGGCCCGCCUGCCUGGCCGCGCUGCGGGCCCAUGUGGCCGACCCUGAGCGCGUGGUGCGGGAGAGCUGCGAGGUGGCCUUGGACAUGUAUGAGUAUGAGACGGGGCCGGCCUUCCAGUACGCCAAUGGGCUGGAGCAGCUGCGUCCGUCCGUCUCCUAGAGCCACUGACCGCCUAGCCCGGGGCCUCUCCCCUGCGGGACUGGGCACGGGAACCAUGAAUCGUGUGGGUGUGAAUCGGAUCUCACUUUCCUGGCUCCCUGGAUCUGUCUGCUUAGUGGGAUCACGGCCACUUUUGCAUCUUGAGUUCCCCUGGGGCCAGGCUGAGGUCUCUGCUGUCCCUCCCUCAAGGGGCCUAGCAGAGGGCUGCAGUACAUGGGGCGGGACGUCAGUGUGGGAGGGAGGGCAUGCAGGGGCGGGGCUGUGCUCUGGGGAGCUUCUGAGGGGCUGCAGGGAAAGGCACUGUGGGGACACCUGUCCCGGGGGCCUGGGCAGGGUGGCGAGGUGGUCCCUCGGUGGGCUGGGCUAGGGACUCAGCCUGGAGAGGGACGAGCAGGCCCCUGGUCAUUGCUUACGUGGAACAUUAAAUUAUGUUUGCCAA